AUCUGUGAGAAAAACAGUGAGUUGAGUCUCAAGACAUUUGAGCUUAGGAAAAAGAAGCCAGAGAUAAAGCUUUGUUCUUUAGAAUUUAGACCAUGGCUUUCGCUACUGCUACGUGUCUUGCACCUUUCUUCCUUCCUCCUCCUUCUUCUUCUUCUUCUUCGUUCCCAUCGUUGCGUUCGUUAUGCUUCUUCACAAGUGUCACCACCCCCAGAAGCAACCAACGUUUCUCGUUUCCUUCUGCAAACGAAAAGUUCGCAACUUUACCACGUUCAUCCCCUAAUAAGCUCACCACCCGCUUUUCUGAGUACAAAUUCCCCGACCCUAUUCCAGAAUUUGCAGAUGCUGAGACAGAGAAGUUCAGAAAUCACCUUCUGCAGAAGCUUUCAAAGCCUUCAAAGAAAGACACGUAUGGAGAAUCGGUUGAAGAAGUUGUGGGAGUAUGCACUGAGAUUUUUAGCACGUUCUUACAUUCUGAGUAUGGAGGUCCAGGGACUCUCUUGGUCAUUCCAUUCAUUGACAUGGCUGAUGCCGUAAGCGAACGGGGGCUGCCGGGAGGACCACAAGCUGCACGUGCCGCUGUAAAAUGGGCCCAAAGUAAUGUUGACAAAGACUGGAGGGAAUGGAAUGGCGGUGAUAGCAACUAAGAGGGUACCUCUUCAUGUAUGUUAAUCAAUUACUUAGUUCUCUAACAACUGAGUUUGAGAUGCUUAUGUUGUAGGAGCUAAAUAAGCAGUUUUGAUAUUUUAUUUUUCUCCCAGACUCAAGAUGGACCUCAAAAAACAAGACACCAGAUAGU